AUGUCUCAAAUGCAUGUUCCCCCCGUAGCUUUUGAAGACCUCCAGGCUUUCCAAGCGAAGCAUUUCCCGGAUACUAUCAAGCCUCCGCCAGUUCACCCCGCCGUGAACCAGACUGGUUCUAAUACUGCCUACCAGAAAAGCCACGAUACCAGUGCCGAAGAUGACUUGGGCUACUACCCCGACGGGGUAAAACGCACGCUCACGGACGAACAAAUCCGCAUUUUUCGACACAGUGAGAUCCACGCGCUUCUGCGGGAGAGGCAGAUAAAGGCCGAGAAUGAGGAGUAUGAGCGGAAGUUUGGAGACAAGGCUCAGACGGGGCCUGAUGAUCAAGAUGCUCAAGGAAUUUCAGAAAAGAGUAUUGAGUCCGUCUCUGAUGGCGACCAGGCUGAGCUUGACGCUAAGGCUGUAGCCGGCAAGAAACGCGCUGUGGAUGAGCCUGGGUCUAGUCAGCCGGUUGCGAAAAAGCAGUCGACUGUCCCCGCGGAUGUGUAUUUGGAUUAUAAUGAGGAUGAGGCUAGUGUUGCUGCCCGGUCUAGUCAUGGACGGACGGCUGCUCCUCCGUUCGCCGGGCGGAGAAUCAUCUCGUACGACGACUGA